AUGGCCAGAUCGACACGUUACGUCCCGCUGACGAUUCGGCCGGACGACACGUGUGCGAUCCCAAGAAUUCGACCACACAAAAUUCCACGAAUCUAUCCGCUAGUCGCCAGCCCAAUCCCAGCCAAGGACUACUGCCAUAAGGCACCCGACUACGAGGCAUCAACGGUGGAGACAUCGCCACCGAACGAAUGGACUAUUGGUUCUCGUCGUUGGCAAGUAAUACGAGUCUCACGAUCGGAGCGACUUAUCGCCGACGCAAACGCUGCAUCUCACCUUUCCGAAAAAAGACUUCGAGACGAAAGCAUACGGCGCUUCGCCGACGAAGACGCGAAAUCCAUGCGUUUACUCGUGACAGGACCGGGUCAGAAAAAGCAGCCAGAGGUUCGUUUGUUUGCUUUCGGUACACGGCGUGACACGGGAAGACGCCUGAAACGCAAAUAA